UAGAACCGUGUCAAUACAUCUCUAUGGCAACCAUAACGCGUUCUCUGCGUUCCCCUGCGCUUUUACUCAACUCCAAAGAAACCGAGGGAGAACGUAGGUCAGAGUCAGAGAGAGACAAUUUCAAUCUAUCCAGAACUACAUGACAUAAAGAAAGAGGCUCCACCGGAGCCAGAAGGCAUGAGACGGACCCCCCCUGUGGGCCUGGGGGACUUGACCCUCAUGUCCCGAGGACUGGUCAUCGCCCCGCGCCCCUGGACCGCCCAGCGCAUCAGCAUCACACACACACCUGGCCCUUCACACUCAUAUACACACACACCUCCAUACACACCUGUGGAAGGACAGGGAGCAGGGGAACCCAGAAAGACAGCACUACAGUCAGACUCAGUCUCAUCGGUACAGUCAGCCCCAGAUGAGCAUCUGUCCCUGGGGGAGAUCAAGGCCCUGCUCCCCCAGAGGCUGGGGGAGAGGCUGGAGGAUGUGAGGGCAGCGUUCAAGGCCCUGGACCCUGAGGGGAGCGGCUCAGUGACCCGGGGGGAGUUCAGACAGGUGGUGGAGGCCUUCCUCUUCCCCCUCACACAGACCCAGCUCAACGCCAUGCUGGCCAAGGUGUCUAAGAGAGACAGUGUAACGGUGGACUACAUGGACUUCCUGAGGAGGUACAGCAGGGUGACUACAGCACAGAGACCAGACACGUCUACAGCCUCCUCUACAGCACAGAGACCCUACAGAUCUACACCCUCCUCUACAGCACAGAGACCAGACACCUCUAGAGCCUCCUCUACAGUACAGAGACCAGACACCUCUACAGCCUCCUCUACAGCACAGAGACCAGACACCUCUACAGCCUCCUCUACAGCACAGAGACCAGACACCUCUACAGCCUCCUCUACAGCACAGAGACCAGACAGCUCUACAGCCUCCUCUACAGCACAGAGACCAGGCACCUCUACAGCCUCCUCUACAGCACAGAGACCAGGCACCUCUACAGCCUCCUCUACAGCACAGAGACCAGGCACCUCUACAGCCUCCUCUACAGCACAGAGACCAGACAGCUCUACAGCCUCCUCUACAGCACAGAGACCAGACAGCUACACCAGGUGUGUCUCUGGAUCAGACCAGAGGGGUAUGACCCUGACUGAGAUACAGCAACGCCUCAAGCACAAGAUUGGGAGCAACCUGAAGAAUGUAAUCCGGGCCUUUCGUCUGUUCGACUACAACCGAGACGGACAGAUCCAGCAACACGAGCUGCGCAGGAUACUGGAGAACUACUGCUUUCCCUUAACACAGAGAGACUACCAGAGACUGUGGACCCACCACAGCCCUAACAACAUGGCAACCAUGUCCUACAAAGUGUUCCUGGAGAAGCUGGGCCUGGAAUCUAACAAGUACCCGAAGUUUGUCCCGGAGCCUCCAAAGCUAGCGUUGGGCUGGCAAGAAAUUAGUCCUCCAGACAAGAUAAAACUGAGGAACAGAGCCUUGUCCCAGAAUGCAACAGGAGAUACACAGGAUAUCCAAGGCCUGACUCAAGACGAGCUGCAGACGCUCUUCCUGAAAAAGUUGUGUGUGAGCUGUACCCUAGUGUGGAGAGCACUGCAAGCGUUUGAUGUCACCCUCUCUGGACUGGUGUCACAGGAAGACCUGAGGGCCGUCCUCAGCAGCUUCCUGUUUCCCAUGAGCCUCAGCACCUUCCAGAGCCUGACCUGCCGUUUUGGGGUGAGAGCAACAGGGCCUGUGAAAUGGAAACAGUUCCUGGGUCAGUUUCAGGGUCCAGUCACAGAGGAGGACUACACCACUCCUCAAACAGACAGGGUUCCUGAGCUACCUGACGCAGAGGAGGGCCAUCGGAGUCUGACAGAGUUCUACCCUAUACUGAAGAGAGCCUUUAAACAGUUGGACAGGGGUAGGAUAGGGAGGAUCACCAGGGCAGACCUUCGUCAUGCUUUGGAAGUCCCCCAGUAUAACCUGAGGGGUCCCCAGAGCUCCUGGUCCAGCCGCAGGGAGCCCCACACCCCCAGGCCCCGUCUGAGCCCAGCCCAGGUUAGAGAGCUCCUGAUCCUGCUGGACCCAGAGCAUACUGGGGUCAUCACUCAGCCCAGCCUGGAGCUGCUCAAACCCAGGAGGGUGCACUCUUCCCCGGGGAGGGAGACAUUACACACCCCUACUGGAGGAUGGAAGGAGGAGAUCAUGGAGGAUGUGGCUCAGGUGAAGGGCUUGCUGCGUGAUAAGCUGAGUGAUCAGAUAGGUCCCAUGCUGGAGGCUUUAGGGGACUGUGACCCUCGACAGACAGGCUCUGUUCACCAUGAAGACCUGAGAAGGAUCAUACAAUGUUACGGCCUGCCCCUCUCACACACACACUUCAACAAACUGAACUAUCAAUCCCAGAAUGCCUUGGUGAACAACAAGCCAGUGCGUCCCCGCAGCGCCACUAUGGGGGGUCCAAGGGUUCGCAUGGUGGAGAACAUUAUGUUCAGGAAGCUCAAAGAGAGGCUGGACCACAGACACGUUACCCUCGACGACCAUAUCCGGGCAACGGCCAGAAGCUCAGACGGAAUGCUGUCGUUGAGAGAUCUAAAGAAGAUACUGGAUGACAGCUGGAUCACCUUGGAUGAGAAGCAGUUCCGCAAGCUCAACGUAUCGCUUGGUUUCAAAGACGGAAAAAUGUCCUGUUCAGCUUUCCUGGAUAAGUAUGACGAGAACCAGGCCAGAGAGCAGAACCAGGCCUCGGGGGGUAACCGUGGUAACCUGCGGGCUAAGCCAUGCCUCCUGACAGCGGAGGACUGCCUCGGUGUGAUCAAAGAGAGGAUCGAGAACAUCCACGGGGACAUCCUGUCAGCGUUCCGUGUGAUGGAUAAGAACUGUGACAGCGUGGUGGACAGGCAUGACUUCAGAGAGCUGUAUGACAGUCUGGGCCUGGUCACCAAGGAGAGGGAGUACCAGCGUCUGCUGCAGCUGCUGGGCCUGCAGCCUGGAGCCAACCUCAACUACCCAGAGUUCUUCACCCUCGUCCAAUCCAGCGGCAAGAGUCGCAGGCAGAAUUUCAAGCCAGCCAAUGGGCCAGACCAACUGCAUGAACACCUGGCGUCCAACGCACGCCACAGAUGGACUGCUAUGUCAAAGGUGAUUUGUCGCUUUGAUGAAGAUGGUCAGGGUCUGGUCUUUAAGAAGGACCUCAGGAGUCUCCUCUAUACCUACGACCUCCCCAUCAGUCCUGAUGAGUUUGAGGAACUGUGGGCCAGGUAUGAUGGAGAAGGGCGUGGCUACCUCACCUGUGCUGCGUUCCUAGAGAAGCUGGGCGUGGAUCCACAGGAGGUGGGACAUGCGAGGAAGGAUGCAGACACCACUCCCACAGAUGGUCUCCCUGCAGGGGCUACGCUGCAGGACGUUGAGCGCGUGGUGCAGGGUAACUGUGAGGGGUUGAGCAGUGCUCUGAACCGCCUGGAUAAGAAGAGAGAGGGCCUAGUCAGGGUGGAGGACCUACAGAGUCUGCUCCAGAGAUACAACUGUCCCCUACACAGACACCAGCUCGCCCACCUCCUACACACACUCAAGGUUCCAAUGGACAGUGAGGACAGGACGUUGUCAUACGUGGACUUCCUGAAGGCGUUUGACCACGUGACAGGGAAGGGGCGUGAGCACCCCCCUAGGCCCUGUGGAUCCCCUGACCCAGCCGAGAGUCUGGAGUGGCUCAGUCCUGAAAGAGCUGUUGGUAGGAUACGGGAACUGGUCACUGCAUCGAUGGAUAUACUCCACAAGGCCUUCUCUGCCUUCGACAGGAGUGGGAACGGGACGGUCACCCCUCUGGAGUUCCGGCGGGUGCUGGACCAUUUUUGUGCCCGCCUCUCGGACCCCCAGUUCAGAUUCCUGCUUGACAGAAUGAAGCUGAACUGGGAGAACCACACGGUGUACUGGAGAGACUUCCUCAACCAGUUCAACCUUUGCAACCUGGACGUGUGUGUUUGGGUCUGUGUGUGUGUGGUGGGGGGUCCGUACUCUGUGUUUAUACGUAGGCCUGUGCAUGUGCAUUAUGCAUCUGUUUUUAUUUGUUGCGUGUGUAUGCAUCUGUGUGUGCAGACCCCUGAGGAUUGGUCAGACAGAGUGGGUAAGGCAGGUUUCCCCACCCAGCCCCAGCCUUUGCCAAUCAGUGAGGAAGUUGUCUCCGCCCGCCUGUACACCAUCACCAAGGAGAUAGUGGACUUAGACCACACCCAUAAUGACACCAUCUCUAAAGAGGACUUCAGAAUGAUGUGUGACCGCCAUUUCAUGAGGCUCACCUGUGACCAGUUUGAGAGGGUGUGGGAGAAGCUGCCAGUGAAUGUGCUGGGGGAUCUGGAGUACAGGGAGUUCCUGAAGCACACCAGGGGAACUGUUGGGAUAAGGGACAAGACCACAGACCCAGAGGACAUCAGUCCCCUGAAAUCUGCAUCACCACCAUCCCCUGGGGCCAUAGAUAGGAUGUCAUCCUCCCCACCAGCUCAACAGAGGCCAAAGACUACAGGCAGCAACCUCCAACGCUCAAAGUCGGAGGUGGGUGUGUCCAGCAGGGCCAGGCGUCCGUCCACGGCGGGGAGAGAGAGGGAGAGCCCCCUGGUGGACUGUGAGGAGGUGGAGAGGAGGCUGAAGGGGCAGGUGCAGCACUGCUGGAGGGACAUUCAGAGGAGCUGCAGGGAGGAGGACAGAGACAGAGACGGAGAGAUCAGCACACACUGCUUCCUGGACAUCCUGCAAAGCCUCAACGUCAGUGUGACCCAGAAGGAGCUUGAUCGUCUGGCCGUAAAGUUCGACACGAGGGACAGUGGGCACGUGUCAUAUCCUGACUUCCUACGUCACUUCCUCCUCAACUUCAAACCGCCAGCAGUUAGAAAGCCCUUUGAGCGGCCCAAACUACCUCUCCCCACUACACCGAUGAGUGGGGGUGUUCUCAGUAGACAGUGUGUGGAAGCCAUGCUGAGGCUCUAUGGCCCGGUCCAGCAGUUCUGGCGCUCCUUGAGGCAAAACUUUGUUACCUUGGACCACAACCACAGUGGCAAAAUCUCCAUCAAGGAAUUCAGAAAGGUACUAAGGCAGUUCAGAGUGAACCUAUCUGAGGAAGAAUUCUUCCACCUCACCUCUUUCUUUGACAAGAACACUACGGGGAAGAUCUCCUACAAUGACUUCCUACGGGGCUUCCUACACUGACCUCUAACCUCUGCCCUCUAACUAUGGCCCUACUGUAGGCUCCUGUGAAGGUUUAGCUAGUUAUCACUGAUAAAUCAGUCCAUAUUGAUCGCUAUAAUUUUACUGCACCACUGAGUGAAGGAGGGAUACACAGAAUUAUUACAAAAUCAUGUCAUAUAAAUUAAAACAUAUAAAGUGAUGUAUUAUAUAAAAUAUGUAUUUGAGGGUUUUCUCCCAAUAUCUUCCCCUGGCAUAUCUACAGCUUUUUCUCCCUCUAGCAUACCGAUUUAUCUCUCCGCUGUAUGACUUUAUGAUACUGAUUGCUUUCCGAACCAAACCCAACCAAAUAAAGUGCUUUUGGAUGAUGUACGGACGCUGCAACAUGCAGGGGGACUGUCUUUGUUCCCAUCUGACGGGAAACGAAAUGGAUGACAAGGAGAAGGAGAGGGCGUUUGUCAUUCAUGAGAUAGACGGCAUCACCGUUGCAAGACAGAACCCAGAGAGAGAGAGAUCAUUAUCUAAAUAAUCUACAGAAAGAUGGAGAGAGAGUGAACAACCGAAGGGGCCAAUGGAGAUGGAGUGUGAGACCAUGAAAAGAUAGAGAGGGAGGGAUAGAAGGAAAAUAAAGAGAGAGAGGAGAUGGGAGUCUAUAUGAUAGGUACUGUAUUAAUGGUGUAAAGCGAAAAGCCAUCCGCAAAUAAAUUACCCCAUCUCCUCCGGGAUUACUAAUGUAAUUAUUUGAACGAGGGUUCUCAUUAGAAUGUGCAGAGGUGUGGAAGAACCAAGCUAUCAAAUGAGAGAUGAGGAACCCAGGUUUAGACACUGGAAAUUAACUCUGGUCCCGGCUCACUUAAUUGAUAUGAGACACAUAUGUUUGAUUGGUGCAAAAGAGCCAAGCUGAAAAAGAAACAAUCACCACACUCUUUUUUUUGCCACAGAACAAAAGAAAAGAAAGGAGGAAAACUUACACAAAGAAAGAGUGUGGGGAAGAAAAGGAGGGAUGAUCCAUUGGUCACAGAUAAGAUUUAAUUCAAUUUGUGUAGAUAAUCUCUCAGAAAACCAGAAGCAGGUAGUUUUAAGAAAGGUAUUUUACAUUUACAGAGUUGUCUCCAGGGGCAACACAUUAUACAAUACCAUUCUAAAAUGGUUGGGUUUUUCUUCUUUUCACAUUAAAAAAUAUUGUACAUCAUUAAAGCAAUAAAAAAAUCCCAAUAGUUAGUAUAUCCCAAACAAUGGUAACAACGAUAUACAAUACAAGCAGAUUGUCAUCAGAAGUUAUUAGAUUCAGAACAGCAUGCCCCAAGGAACGAACAAGAAAUACAACAGCAAAACUUGAGUUUUCAAAGAAAUCAGGAAAUACAGAAUACAGCUAUUGAGGCACAGUGCAUAAAAAGUGAGACAUUUCAAAGUUAUGGUUGAAAGAGAAUAGUAAGAAAUGCCCAAAAACAAACAGACAUUUUCCCCUGCAGAAACCUUUAAAAGAAAAGAAGAUGAUACAGGCACUGACUCCCCCCCUCGUUUAAGCAUGUUCUCAGAAUGCUUACCCCCUGGCUCUAUCCACACGCACACAGGUAUACGUACACAUACACACACUUAUCUGUAAACAUUCUAUCCUAUUCUUUGUAUUCCUACAACAGCCCACUAGUCUGCCCCAUUAAGACAUAACCCAGCUAGCACAAUGUGCAGAACAGCAGUGAAACACCAGUGACCCUGGGAAUAAAACGUAGCCAGAGGGGAUGUUCAUAUAUAAUGUCUGAGAGCAGAGAGAUCAAACGGGGAUGUAGUCUUGUUAUGCUAACCACACUUUGAGCUCAGCUAGCCAACCAAGGACUUUGGCUGCCAGACGAGCAGAGGAAGGACGCUCAUUCACAAGUGCUUUAGAAAGAAAAAUGUUACCCUUUUUUACGCAGACAACUGCUUGACAACAUGAGAGAGUUAAUAAUAGUGUGGGUAACCCCAUGCAGUCAAAAAAAUUAUAUUUAAUUUAGAGCUGGUUAAAUAAUGGGCAGAACACAUGUUGGGUUAUUUUUGACCAAGCCAAUUGGGUUGCAUGAAUGACCCAACAUGUUGGGUUGUUGGGAUUACCCAAACAUGGGCUAAUGUAACCAUCAGUUGGGUGUUUUUGACUCUCAUGCUGGUUGACCUAGAAGCUGGGUCUUUUUUAACGUAAUCCUUAGGUUAUUUUCAGGAGGCAUGGUUUAUUAGGGGCGUGGCUUUCAGCUAGAGCUUAUUGGCCACCCGUGAGAGUAAAUGUCAUUCCUGUACAUCAUUUUAAACGUACAUACUGCAAAUUACAAUGUCAAUAACAUGUUUUUCACACAUUCUUUUGUAAUAUUAAGAUGAUUUAUUAUAAGGUAUACCAUCUUACUGCCUAAUAAGGUAUACCACCUUAUUGUAUCCCAACAAUGGGACUUACGUAGGUUUUAGGGAACUUAUACACUUCUGUGAGCGUCAUUGAAGCUACAAAAUUUUAAAUGUUCGACCUUAAUAUGUCAUAACUAUGCAACAGAACAGAUGAAUAGGAAUGACAUUUACUCUCAUGGGUGGUUAAAAAUAACUAUCUGAAA